AUGUCCUGGGAGUCCUGCAAGUCUUACGUUAGCAAGGAAGCAGAUAUCAAGGCCGAGGCCAAGCUGCUCGGCGUUACGCGUCCGAUCGCCCAUACCGACAGGACAGCCAUGAAAGCCGCGUUUGAGAAGACGCACUACCGGCUAGAAGAACACCUGGAGCCCUCCGAGGCCUAUCUAUCAGCCAAGGUCGAAGAGGUGGAAGCCUCGGAGAUCACUGCGAGUCCGUUGUCAGACGUCACGUCCCGGAAGACCUCCCGGGACUCUGGCAUCCAAACAACUGUGGAUCAGAAUGGGCAUGUGAGAGUGGUUAAAUCCAAAGUGAAAGGACAGCUCCCUCAGAACACCGAGGAGCUACGUCUGGCCCUCAAGGCGGAGGGGCACAUGUGGACCAUGCUGGCUAGCAAGUUCCGAAACAUUAGUCUUUUCAGAGGUAUGGGGCCCGGGGUCUGGUCGGACUUUGCUGACUACUUGAUGGGCGAGAAAGUCUAUUUGAUGAAAAUUCCGAACCAGUAUGGUGACAACACUGGGGUCAGACCGCCCUGGCAUGUAUUGUUGCAGUACGAAUUUCAGGUCCGGAAGGAAUCCAUCAAGACUUCAGUGCGGGAAAAUCGGCCGCUAGCCGAGGUGCUCCCAGAAAAAUCCCGAGACUCCGAGAUUCGCGAGCAGCAUUUCAUUUCGCCCAUCACCCUACAAGGAGUUAUCAACGAGGGCCGUGGGAAUCGCCUGCGGUGGGGACAGCAACAGCAGCAGCCGCCACGUUGGCAGCCAUAUCAAGCCUGGAGUCGCAACACAGACAAAGGCGACAAGGGUAAAGGCAAGCUGAUCGAUAUGAAAGGUGACUACAAAGGCGGGAAGACAAAGACGGGCAAGGGCAAGGACAAAGGGAAGCGUGUGCUGACGCACACCCCGGACGGCCGACAGAUUUGCUAUGCCUUUAAUGAAGGUACCCGGGUGCGGGCAGCAGCACCCCAUGUGGCAGCAUUGGCAGAAGAAGGUUGCUUUAUCUAUUUGCGGGAGUCCCACGCGACGGGGACAUUGAGUCACAUCUUAAGGAUUUCCAUGGAAUUCAAAUCAGAACCGGACCUUGGGAGGACACGGGAUGGACAACAUCCGGCGAGUGUUUGGCAGCUUCCAGAGUUGCAGGAAUUGGUUAAGGUAUCAAAGGGAGUCACAUGGGCUCUUCAUCAGUGCCACUACGGCGCUGACACCCCGAAACCUACGAGGCUGGCUACGAAUCUGCCUGAGCCAUCAACUCAUGAGUCAGAGUGGCCAGUCUUUGAUGAAGAAGGCUGGUAUGUUGGCCCGUUGGGCAGCUGCGGCCAUCAUCACGACCGCCAGCUGCAAGGAUUGGAGGGUGACCAGUGGCGUACGGGGCCGUCUGCCGCAUACCCCUCUGCUUUCUGCUUCUACAUGGCACAACUUUGCAUGGGUGCCAGGGUAUGUGCACCCACGCUCGCCGAUACUGCCGACGUCGGUCAUGUUGCACAUGAGGCCGAGCGCUUUGCAGCCGAGGAGCUCGCCACAGGUAGACCCGUGGCUAGAACAACGAUCAGUACUCUUUUCUCUUUGCUUCCUGGGGAACCCCCUCAUAAGGCCUCGGGUUCCCUUGAGGGUCGUGUUUUCAUUUCGGGAAUUUAUUCAAAAGGGGGCCUCGUUGGUCUUCGCCAGAACUGCCAUUUGUUCCCGUUCAGUACACAGCUGUGCAACAAGUUCAUUCGGGAGCAAGCUCCGGAUCACAAGUUUUCGUCAUUCAUUCUCUUGCACAACGUGAAGGCUGAUGUUCACAAGGAUCUUGGCAAUGCUGAUACACCCAGUCUCUUGAUUGGUGUCAGCUCCUUCACUAACGGUGAGCUCUGGGUAGAAUCUCCGGACGGCAACACUAAGAUGAACUUUAAAGACAAAAUCGUCUUCGGCAACUUGCAUCCUGUUUGUGACACCAAAGUUUUCUUCGAUGCGCGCAACACAUGGCACGCAACGAUGCCGUGGCAAGGAGACAGACUGGUGGUAGCAGCUUACAAUCCAGCUUUCAUGCGAAACCUGCAGCCACAACAACUUCAGCAACUGCGUGAUUUGGGUUUUCCUCUCAGUUUGGAUGCUUCAGCUGCUUCUGCCUCUUCUCCACUCCCUGACGGGUUGGGGGGAAGCGGUGGAGUCUCGGCAGACCAAGGGGACCAGGAAGCCGGCGCUGAUGAGGCCGCUGCUGAUGAAUCGAUGGUUGUUGUUCUUGGGAGUUCGAAAGAAGAUGCAGGCGAGGAGAAAGGGGAACAGUUUGAUCCGAGGUACAGUCGGGCUCUUGGGCAACCGAUGCAGUGUCAUCAUGAAGGAUACACUCAGGAGUUCGUGGAUGGCUUUGGUCUUUGCUCUCCCGGCCGCUGGCCACCGGAGGCCAGGGGGCAUCUGCAGACCUUGGAGGAACGCAAACAUGUCAAUGCGAUCGCGAGUGUCUUGGAAGAUCUGGUUAAUGAUGCCAUUGGAGAUGUCAAACACAAAUCCAUGGAGCUGGCCCUUGGCAGGCUUAAAGGGUCGCCGUUUUCGGAGGAGCAGCUCUGGCGGGCUAGGGGGCGGAUUUGUGAUGUACUUCCCGCGCCUGAGGCCGCCAGGGAAAUACCGGAGAGGCAACCUUUCAUGCUACACAUGCUUGGACAAUCUUUAAAGCUGUUGGGUGAUCCAGACUGGGAAGUAUUGUGUCAGGGACCUGAGUCAUUCGCCGAAGGAGUGCCUUUGGGGUGCGACGGGGAACUGAAGAGGACACCGCAGGUUUUCCGUGCACGUGUCAAGAGCCGUAAACUUGACGAGACCGACUUCCAGCCCAUCAUGCAGAACUAUUCGUCUGCUGAGAUGACGCAGGCCCAACUGGAGGAGAAAUUCAAGCAGGACGAGGCGCUGGGCCGGAUGAUCGCUACUACAGAGGCUGCUGCGCGGCAGGAAUACCAGGAGGUGCUAGUGGCAGCUCUAGGAGCGAUUAGUAAACCGAAUGGCGAGGUCAGACCGUUGCAUGACGCUACACACGGCGUCCGGAUUAACAACCGGAUCUCCGUGCCUGACCGCUUGGAGACCCCUGGACCGGAAGAAAUCGUGGAGCUGAUUACUCGGGCGAAGGCGACUAAGCAGGCGGCCUUCUGCAUCUCGGCGGACAUUUCGGCGGCACAUCGUUGCGUCAAGAUAAGGAAAUCGGACUGGGGCCGGCUGGGCUGCAAAACAUGCUCAUCCUCCCAGACGCUCUGGAUCAACACGGUCGGGACCUUUGGUGUGUCCAGCGCGUCAUAUCAUUGGUCCCGUUUGUUCGGGGCCAUUGGCAGGUGGGCUCUCCGAAUCCUAGGCCAGAAGUGGGCGUUACAAAUCAUAUACGUUGAUGAUCUUCACGUGGUGGUGGUAGGACCCGACCGCUUCAAGACGCUCUGGCUUUUGCUGGCUGCUUACGAGGUGGCUGGCACUCCCUUCAACCACGCGAAGUUCAAAGGCGGUCACGAGGCGGAAUUCGUGGGCUACUUCCUCUCUUACUAUGACUCCCGGGCCGGCAUCUCCGAGAGGCGAUGCCGUUGGGUGCUGGAUUGGAUCGCAGCUGUUGAAAGGGAUAGGUGGAUGAUUUUGGGCCGCAGCUUGGCAGAGUUCGUGGGGCGCCUAACAUUCGUUGGGCGGAUGGUGGGAUGGGUCAGGCCAUUCCUGGCCCCCUUGUACGCAUGGAAAGCUUUCCUUAACCGCGGUACCACCGCCCGGGCACCUGAAGCGGUUUAUCUGAGCUUAUGCUACUUGCGCGAUCACUUCGAGGACCGAUGCUAA